AUGUUCAUUAUUAUUCACUCCUUUGUUACUUCUGUUUCACUGACAGCUUUAGGACCCGAGAACAGAACAAUGCAUUUUGUGACUGAGUUUGUCCCCCUGGGUUUCCCUGGUCCAAGGGAGAUGCAGAGCUUCUUGAUUUUAAUAAUCCUAGUGGCCUAUCUCCUGACCCUGCUGGGGAAUGGGGCUAUUGUCUGUGCAGUGAAAUGGGACAAGCAGCUUCACACACCCAUGUACAUCUUCCUGGGAAAUUUUGCCUUCCUAGAGAUCUGGUACAUUUCCUCCACUGUCCCAAAUAUGCUGGUCAACAUACUCUCUGAGACCAAGACCAUCUCCUUCACUGGAUGCUUCCUCCAAUUCUAUUUCUUUUUUUCACUGGGUAUGACAGAGUAUUUUUUCCUAUCAGUUAUGGCUUAUGAUCAGUACCUGGCCAUCUGUUGCCCACUACAUUACCCUUCUAUCAUGACUAGGAAGUUCUGUGUGAUCCUAGUCUGUGUUUGCUGGGUGAGUGGAUUUCUCUGCUAUCCAGUCCCCAUUGUCCUUAUCUCCUAACUCCCAUUCUGUGGACCAAACAUCAUUGACCACUUCGUGUGUGACCCAGACCCAUUGUUCAUGCUGGCCUGCAUCCCUGCUCCUUUCACUGUGCUUAUGUGUUACACCUUCAACUCAGUGAUAAUCUUUGGACCCUUCCUCUCUAUCUUGGGCUCUUACAUUCUAGUAUUCAGAGCUGUGCUUCGUGUUCCCACUAGUGCUGGUCGAACUAAAGCUUUCUCCACAUGUGCAUCCCAUCUAAUGGUGGUGACUCUAUUCUAUGGAACCCUUAUGGUGAUGUAUGUGAGCCCUACAUUGAGGAACCCAGCAGGAAUGCAGAAGAUCAUCACUUUGGUGCAUUCAGCUGUGACUCUGCUCUUAAAUCCCCUUAUUUAUAGCCUCCGAAACAAAGACAUGAAAGAUGCCCUAAAGAAAGUCCUGGGGUUAAGAAUUAACCACAACUGA